AGUUGCUUUUAGGUGCCUUUCAAUAUUUCUUUCUAACUUUUCUGACUGUUAAGUAAUAAUUAUAUAUCCUAUAGUGAAAUAAAUAACAAGAUCUUAGAAAGAUAAUGAAUUUGAGUUGAAAUUCGGUUUAAGAAAAUUGUAUCAGAUAUAAUUAUAUAAUAAGAGAUAAUUGUAUAAGAUAUAAUUGAGUACUUUGGCGUAUAUAUGAUUUAAAUCAUAAGAAACCCAUCCUCCGUGUUAUUACAAAUGAAAGAUCUAGAAGUUGUAGAAAAUGGACUCCCAAGCGUCCAUACGGAAACUACAGUUGUCUCCGAGGAUGGCAUAAAACCAAAGGUUGAAGAAAUGAAUUUUUCAAAGGAUUCUUUUUUGAGCAAGCUAGCAAAGAAUAUCCGAGAUUUAAAACCCACCAAAAGUCGCCGUAAAAGAGAUUUAAAACGAAUUGAUUCUUUUUUAGAAAAGUUUUCGAUUUGCUCCAGACCAGUAGAUUCUACUGAUGAAAAUUCUACUCAUUGCUGGGGAAGGACUUUCUUUGUUGAUCCAUCCGAAAAUUUUCACUAUCGAUGGUUAUCUGUGAUUUCGAUGGCCUUGGUGUACAACUUAGUCAUGAUAAUUGGCCGCAGUGUGUUCUGGGAACUGCAGAAACUGUCUCCAGAGACAUGGUAUUGCUUAGACUACUUGUGCGAUGGAAUUUAUUUAUUCGAUAUGGUUAUUCAUGCUCGUACAGGAUAUUUGGAACAAGGUCUUUUAGUACGGGAUUCAAAACAAGUUCUUCAACACUAUGUUCGUUCACAUCAAUUCAAGUUAGAUCUUUUAAGUGUCGCACCUACUGACUUAACAUACUUGAUCAUGGAUACCAGUUGUGACUUGCGUGUGCCAUGCAUCAUCAUUUUUCGACUAAACCGGUUAUUGCGUUUUCACAGAUUGCUAGAAUUUUUCGAUCGAACAGAAACUCGUACCAAUUUUCCUUACGCCUUCCGAAUAGCAAAGUUAGUAUUUUACAUAUUAGUCAUAAUUCAUUGGAAUGCAUGCUUAUAUUUUGCAGUCAGUUACUCAAUGGGUUUCGGAACAGAUACUUGGGUUUAUAAUAUGACUGAUUUGCACUCUACAUCCUUGAGACAUCAAUACAUAUACUGUUUUUAUUGGUCUACAUUGACACUAACAACUAUUGGAGAGAUGCCUCCACCAGUCAGAGAUGAGGAAUAUGUCUUUGUUGUAGUGGAUUUCCUAAUUGGUGUUCUCAUUUUUGCAACAGUUGUCGGAAACGUUGGAAGCAUGAUUUCUAAUAUGAAUCUCAAUCGAUCAGAAUUUCAGAGAAGAAUGGAUGGAGUGAAACAGUAUCUAGAAUCCCGUAAAGUAAGUAAAGAGUUAGAAAACAGAGUGAUCAAAUGGUUUGACUAUUUAUGGAUCAACAGACAAUCUCUUGAUGAAGAUGAUGUUAUUUCAGUGCUGCCAGAUAAACUAAAAGCAGAGAUAGCAAUAUACGUUCAUUUGGACACUUUGAAGAGAGUUGAGCUUUUUCAAGACUGUGAACCUGGACUGUUGGUGCAAAUGAUAUUAAAGCUUAAAUUACAAAUGUUCAGUUCUGGUGAUUACAUCUGUCGAAAAGGUGACGUUGGUAAGGAGAUGUAUAUUGUAAAAAGAGGGCAGCUUCAUGUUGUUGGUGAUGAUGGAAAAAAAGUUUUAGCAACUCUGAGCGAAGGCUCUGUAUUUGGAGAACUUAGUAUUUUAAACAUUUCAGGAGUAAAAACUGGCAACAGGAGAACUGCCAACGUUCAAAGUGUAGGAUUUUCAGAUCUAUUCUGCUUAUCCAAAGAAGAUCUGUGGAAUGUUUUGGCGGAAUAUCCAGAAGCACAAAAGAUGUUAAUAGAAAGAGGAAAACAAAUUCUUCUCAAGGAUGGACUUCUUGAUGAAAAGGAUGAAAAAGCAACAGAUACUGAGGAUGAUUCAAAUCUUCAAGCUCGUUUAAAUAAACUACAAAUAGCUUUUGAUAACUUUCAGAAUAGGUUUGUGAAUUUUUUAAAUGAAUACACGAGAGCUGAGAAGCAAUUUAAACAGCGGCUACAUCGAUUAGAAACGAUAUCGAACAGACUACUUAACGAUCCACAAUUAGCAGAAAAUAAUACAAGAGUAUCACUACGUGCAUAUAAAAGUAAAACUAUGUCAGAAUUUCUUGGGAAAGAGAAAAGCUAACUAAUAUUCAGAACUAAU